UGAUGUGAUUCUUACGGGGGAAAUCUGUUUGGAUUGGUUUUCAGCUAUGCAGUGUUUCUUUCUGGCGUUAACCCUUUCGGGGUUUUUUUUGGUUUACGCGUAUAGGUUCACUUUCUGCAAUUCCUUCCCAUUUAAGUAAACAAAAUUUUUCAUAUGAUUCACUCCUAUCUUUUGCUCCUAAGCGAAGUUAGCAAGACAAUUACCACCUACAGGACCUUCUAUGUCAACAUUUUAAUUUUUUUUGUAUAUAGCUCGGAAUUGUAUUACGGGCGUAUAUUGUUAUUGCACUCCAAACCUUUUCGUAUGCACCCAAAAAACAUUUCAAGAUGGUCUUGAUUUAGUGCAUAUGUGCUGUGCAAAGUCCUUUUGAUCCUAAAUUGUUUUUUGCUCUCAUUAUCUGAUACAUAUGUGGAAGAUUUGUCGGAACUGUCCUCAAAUCGUCUUUCACAAUUAUUUCGACGUGCCCGAAGAUUAUGAACCAUAUUCUUAUCUUUUAACACAGGAGUACGGUUCAUAAUCUUCGGGAGCGUCGAUUUGCUUUCUCGAAUUGGAAACAUGAACUGAUACAGUUCGUAUCAAAUGUGUAUUGUGGAGCUCUCCGAUUUAAUGGGUGGCUGUAUAGUUCUUAUGUUGUUACCUUUUGAAGAUGUUUCGGAAAGGAAUAAGAAUUAAUUUAGCCACUUUCACAGCCCAUUUAUAAGCCUAGAGAGAAUUACCUUUAACGAGAUUGCACAAAGAAUAAGGAUUGCAUUUGCCCAUGUCCCUUUUCCCAAUGAGAAAUCCCUCCGAGAUGCACAAUGAAUUACCUUGAAGAUAGAACAGACUUAUUAGAUUUCUUCCGGUGAGAAUGACCAGAAAAUGUUGCGAAUCGCUGUUCUUCUUCCUUCUGUAUUUUUUGGGACCUCUUACUCAGCAGUUCGGACAGUUCCGUAAUAUGUGUAGACCUUUUACCAGAUGGUUGUUGUCGAAUUGCUAAUGCACAAAAGGAAAAAUCUAAUGAAGGAGUAUUCUCAUUUUCAGUGUUUCAUGAUUACUUGUUGAAUGCAUUCAAUCAACCAGUAAAGAUUUCUAUAAUUGGGCACUUCCCAGAAAUAGUGAAACAAUCGUCAAGUUACCUUGAGAUGAUACGAGUAGAAAUAAUAGAAGAGACCCUUUGGGAGAAGAACGAAUUUUUGAGAUGCCUUUGGUGUGCAAGGGCGUACCUUUAAGUAGACAGCGCAAAUGAUUAAUUAAUAGCCCUUUUGAUGAGUGUCUAGGCGUUGAUGCACUACCUUUAAGUAGAUACCAAAUUGAUUAGUUAAGGCGCCCUUUGUGAGUAACCCGAUGUCGUUUGUACUACCUUUAAGUAGAAGAUUUAAUAUUAGAACAUUCAGGUGAAGAAGGAUAAAAAAAAAAUAUCCUUGGGGGCCAUCCAACGGAUCCUCACUCUACACACUUUAAUAAAAGCAAUUUAGCCAGCAAAUAAUAUUAAAAAUUGGAAAUUAAUGAUUAGCACGUUUAUUAGCACGUUUGUAAGCAAAAUCUUUAUUGGCGGAAGUGAGCAUAAGUCAACAAUGACAAUAGAAAGAAAAAGAGCAGAAGGGAGCCGAAGCUCCCUCUGCAGUGUAAAUUUGAAUUUGAAAAAUAACCGUAUGCUGCUCUGAAGUUUUAACAAUUCUCAAUAAAAGAAUGUAUUUUGCCUCUUAUUUAGAAAACUUCAUUGGAUAAUAGAUUAAUUUUAGAAUAAUUUAAAAAUUAAAUUCGAACUGCGCUAGAAUGAGGUCUUGUCGGAAUCCCUGUUGACGGUAUCAGUAAUGAAACAAGAAAAAUUGCCUAAGAAAUUAAUUUAACAUUAAGAAAGUCAAGAAAGUCUUUCUUUCAGAGGGAAAUUUUAUUAUUGCGAAUCUUUUGCUCCAUUUGCUAACUUUUGAGUUUUUUUUUUUUAAAUCUUUUUAGCCUUAGCUUUUUUUAGUAAUUUGUAUUUCAGUACUUUCGGAAGAUACAAAACUUUUAAAAAGAAUGGUCCCUAUUCUACGACCAAGAAAUUCUUGAAAUCGUUGAAACUUCAGAAUUUUUUUAAAACUUCAAGGAUUUUUUGGUCGUAGAAUAGGAUCCAAUAUUUACCAUUGGGUUACGUUACAGUUACAGAAUAGUCGGAACCAACAUAACAUUUUCCACAAUCGUGACAAGACUCAUGCACGUGGAAAAAAACUUUUUUAUGAACCGCUUUUUGCUUUAAUUGUUAAGUCAAUGAAUUCCAUAGGGGAAUUCCCUUCCUCUACUUCCUCUGACGCUUACUCGUAUGACCACUCAUCUUCGAUCUCAGCCCGAUUUCCCUCUACGCUUUAAUAUUGUCAGCGGUGUAUAUGCCGUGGAAAGGUUUUUGGCCUUCGGUCUCAAUGCCUACAAUUGAAAGUUUUGAAAUUCCUCCCAUGAUCUAAUCUCAUUUUCUCCCUUGGUGCCUACAUUUUUGAAUAUUUUGAAAGAUUUUUAGUAUUUUCAAUAAUUUGAAUCUCAGUAUUUUUGGAAGAUACAAAACUUUUCAAAAGUAUGGACCCUAUUCUGCGACCAAGAAAUUCUUGAAAUCAUUUAAAUUUUAGAAGAAAUUCUGGUUUCAAGGAUUUUUUGGUCGCAGAAUAGAACCCAAUAUUUUUGCAAUAUUUUCCAUCGAGUUGCAUUGUCAUCGGUAUAAAUCUCUCCUGACGGCUUACUGUUCUACGGUGCACAAGAGCUAAAUCAGCUUCUCAAUAGGUCAUAGAUUUGUGGAGAAGAUUCCACACAUAUGUAUAUUUUAUUGUUGAUUCUGCAUUGAUUGCAAUAGCUGCGAAUAUGAGUUUGAGGAUUGGGCGAAGAAAUGGUCAAGCAAGGCAAGAAAUUGCUCGCAUCUACUUUCUUCUUCUUCAAUGCAAGUCUAGUUCAUUUGGUCAUGUAUGAAAGUAUAAAAGACCCCGAUGGGUGUCAUGGGGAGCUCAUUGCGCGCGCAAAAUGCGUCUAAUUGUGCUCAUCAUUUUCUUGGGCACAGCGGAGUGUUUCUUCCUUGGCUUCACCAAGAAAAUCCAAAAGUGUUCGCGUUUGCCGAAUGUGGAUAAGAAAAUUGAGGAAGCUCUUGGGGAGUGCAAAGAGGAAGUGAAGUAUGAAUUUGCGCGGGAAACUCUUCAAAUUUUUGGUGGUCAGCAGCAGCAAUUUGGGGUGUACGGCUAUGGCCCUUUGGCUCCUUUAGCUCCUCUUGCGCCACUUGAACCAUCCGCCCUCAAUCCCACCCCUGUAGCACCACCAGUAGCCCCUGGGAAUGUCCUCAGAAGGACACGAAGGGACACGGAGGACUAUCAGCACCCGACGACAGUGAGUCACCUGGAGAGGAGGUUGGCAGGAUGCCUCCUUCGGUGUUUCUUCAAGAAGAACAAAGCUCUCAAUUAUUUCGGCUAUCCCACUCUGUAUGGGCUCGUGCGCAUCUACACGGAUGGUGUGAGUGAUCACGAGUACUUCAUGACAGUCCUUCAGGCAUCUGAGGAGUGUCUUCAUGGGAUUUUCCGCAAAUACAGCGCUCGUCAGAGCAAUGAUGAUCGUGAAAGUUGCGACGUUGCGUUUGAUGUCUUUGAUUGCUUAUCGGACAAGAUUACCGAGUACUGCAGUGAUCCAUUCCAGCUACUCAAUGAUCUUCACUAAUCAUGGGGAUCAGCUUUGAUUAAUACGCGCAGUUUGUAUAUAGUUUUAUUUGCGAUCUCAUCGAUCGUUGCGUUAUCACACAUGAGGUUGCUGAGAAGAUUCGUUCGUUCCUUUUUCACAAAAAUUAGCCAUUCUUUAAAUUAAAUUAAUUGAGUUAGACAUGAUUUCUAAAGUUAAUGUGAUUUAUUAAAAAAUUAUAUUAUUUUUGUAAAAUAACAAAUAAAUAGUUUUUUUUAAAUAAAUUUAUUUUAAUUGAGAGGUGUCUACAUAUUCUACAAUCUUAAAAUGAAAUAUUUAGCUGUCUUUCAAAUGCUUUUUUUUAAAUAGAUUUUGAGAAAAACUUUGAUUUAAAUUACAAAUUU